AUGACGUUCAGUGCAGCUGGUUGCAGGUGGACGGAUGCUGGCAAAAAUCACGGUCUGAGGCAAAUGGGUUCUGUUCCUGGAUGUGCAAACCAGGACCUCACCAAUCCUCAUUUAAACCAGAAUGCCUGGAAUAACCUUGAGAAGUACAGCAGAAGCUUGGCAAGGAACAACAAGAACGUCUAUGUCUGCACAGGACCCCUUUACCUGCCCAGGAUGGAGGCCGAUGGGAAGAUGUACGUCAAGUACCAGGUGAUUGGGAAGAACAACGUGGCCGUCCCCACCCAUUUCUUCAAGGUGCUCAUCUUGGAAAAGGAGAGCGGGGAGAUUGAGUUGCGCUCAUAUGUGAUGCCCAACAGCCCUGUGGAUGAGAAAAUCCCCUUGGAACGGUUCCUGGUUCCCAUUGAGAGCAUCGAGCGAGCCUCGGGGCUCCUCUUUGUCCCAAACAUCUUGAAGAGAACGAGUAACUUGAAAGCCAUCACAGCUGGCAGCAAGCGUUGAACCCCAACUAAACAAAUCCAGGUAACCCCUGGCAAGGGACUGACAGCAGUUGCCCAUGGAUUAAUAGUUCCUUGUGUGAUUUUUAAAUGUGAGAAAUAAGAAUGAAACCAAUGCUUCUCUUUACCCUUCCCCUUGUUUUGCAUAACAGUGAAACACACGCAGGUCUCAAGGGCAGGUCCUGCAGAAGUCUCCCAGGCACUUGACACCAUACUGCGUACCCCUGUAAUUGUUCCAUUUGAUUUGUGUUGUGGCUCAUUGAGACACAAAGGGAAGUUUACUUAAUUUCUGCUAUGUAGCAGAGAACAGGAGUAAGAUGUGUGCACAGGGAGAGAAGUUCCUGGCUUUCUGUGGCCAAAGGAUUGUAUGAUUGUUUUCUUUUAGAAGAUGGUUUUAGCAGUAAAG